AUGGCUACGCUUCUUCUCCCCUCCCACGCGGCCAGCCACUGCCGCGUCGUCUUCCCCGGCGGCUCGCGCCACCCGACGGACCUCCUCGGCGGGGCCUCGCGCGCCGCCGCGAGCAGGAGGCCCAGGCCGAUCGCGGUCGCGUGCCGGGCGGCGACCAGGGCCAAGGAGGCCCCGAGCGCGGGCCCGCCGCCGCAGGCGCUGGCCAAGGAGGCGCACAAGUACUUCGACCACGCCGUCAUCAGCGUGCGCGCGGGCGACGGCGGCCACGGCGCCGUCCUCAACAUGCCGCCCGGCCCCUCCACGGACGCCGCCCCGAAAUCCCGCGGCGGCGGCGGCGGCAAGGUCGACAAGAGCAAGGGGAAGAAGGGCAGCGGGAAGAAGGUGUCGUACAAGCGGAACUACGACGGCUCCGUGUCGCUGCCCCUGGGCGGGCACGGCGGCGACGUGGUGCUGUACGCCGACGAGGCGGAGGAGUCGCUGCUGGGGUUCCACAGCAAGCCCCGGCACUGCGCCAAGAGGGGAGGCAACGUCGGGGCCAACGGCGCCAUGACCUCGCGGAUGCACAACGGCUCCGCUGGGGAGACGCUCAGGAUACCCGUGCCUGUAGGUACCGUUGUGAGACGCAAGAAAGGGUCUGUUCUUGCUGAUUUGGCUCAUCCCGGUGAUGAAGUGCUCGUCGCUAGGGGUGGACAGGGCGGGAUCAGCUUGAUCGAUGCGCCUGAUUACAAAAGAGGGAAAGCCAUGGCUUUAUCGCCUAAUGUCAUGCGCGAUGUUACUGACAAGGUAUUAACUCAUGGGCAGCCUGGCGAGGAAAUAAGCUUGGAGUUAAUCUUAAGGGUGGUUGCAGAUGUUGGUCUUGUGGGACUUCCAAAUGCUGGAAAAUCAACACUUCUAUCAGCUAUCACACUAGCAAGGCCAGACAUUGCUGAUUAUCCAUUCACUACAUUAAUGCCAAAUCUUGGCAGGCUUGGCGGAGAUCCCACUUUAGGGGCGUUGCAGUUUAACUCGGGAGCAACAUUGGCGGAUUUGCCAGGUCUAAUUGAGGGUGCUCAUCUGGGCAAGGGUCUUGGUCGCAAUUUCUUGAGGCAUUUGAGGAGAACGAGAGUAAUCGUCCACGUCGUUGAUGCUGCUGCCGAUGACCCUGUGAACGAUUAUAAGAUUGUCAGAGAAGAAUUAAGGAUGUAUAACCCUAAAUACCUGGAGAGACCUUAUGUUGUGGUCCUGAACAAGAUUGAUCUUCCUAAGGCCCAAGAUAGGUUAUCUUCAUUGGCAUUUGAAAUAUCUUCACUGGGCUCUGAAGAAUGCCACGACAAAAAUAUCAACAAAGAAAUAUCAAAUGAAAACUUCAGCGGACAUCAUGUCUCAGCAGGCAAUGAUAAAGAACUUGGGGACUACCCAAGACCUCAAGCUGUUAUUGGUGCAAGCGUACUACGGCACAUCGGGAUUGACGAGAUGCUGAAGGAGAUAAGGAUAGCCCUGGCAAAAUGCUCUAACGGCAUGUUACUACAACCAUGAAUCUGAAAGUCAGCACGCGGGAGCCAUUAACAUCACAGUCCAACACCUAGAAAGAGUUGAGUUGGAUAGAUUGUUCAACAUCGGCAGGCAAGGAGGCUGUCCUUGGUUUGGAAUACUGUUAAUUCCCGAAGGAGUAAGGACAAAAUCACCUAUCUGAUUGUCCGGAGCGUGCCAGCAUCUUCUGGGUUAGCUCUAGCGCAUGCGGUUGCAGAUAUGCAUGUUGGCGGUGCCGAUAUUGGGCUCAUCACUAAUGACGUCUCGUGCUGAUGUGCACAUAUUAGUGAAGAUUUGAUAUUUGAUAUUCAUAUCUUCCAUAAUAAAUGCCAGGUAGAUCGUCUAUAUAAAGGACUCAUCAUUUGUAAUUACUCUAUCUGCAUUAUAAUUAUAGUCAGAUAAAGCUUUGGCCUUUGCAAA